UUACGAGCAAACGUAGUCACUGUCCUUAUUAGGUUGCAAACUAUAAAAUAAACUCCAAAUCCAAAGGCUCUAGAAGACGUUGAAGAAACACCGAAAAAAGUCUUGAGGAAAAUGCCAAGUCACCCACUCAAAACAAUCCUUAUCACUCAAGCACACGUAAUUAGCUCGCUGGCCACUUGAGACGGUACUUAAACAUGGACCUUGAAGAUAGUCCCCAUUGAAGAUCCCAGUGGCAACUGCUGUUCUAGCUUAGUUCCCUCAAGUCGCCUCCAACAUGAAGACGCUUAUUCUCCUAACUGUGCUUUCGUCCCUGCUGGUGGUGAAUGGCAGCAAGCACCUGCGGCGCAUCUACAAAGACACUGGAAGACUGUUCGGUCCCCAGCAGGCGGUUGAGGAGCCUCUCAUUUUGACGCCCUUCAUCAACGAGGGGAGAAUUGAGGAGGCGCAGCAGGCGGCCCGAGUCCAAUCUUCACUGUUUCAUGACGUCGUCAGCUACGCUGGGUACUUCACUGUGGAUGAACGCUUCGACUCGAACUUAUGGUUCUGGUACUUUCCAUCUGCAGACAACGUGUCCGAUGAUCCGGUCGUCCUGUGGUUGAACGGCGGACCCGGCGCCUCCAGCCUGAACGGACUCUUCGACGAAAAUGGUCCCUUCAUUGUCAACGAAGACUACUCGGUAUCCCUGCGGGAAUACUCGUGGCAUCUGAACCAAUCGAUUAUCUUCUUCGACAAUCCGGUGGGCGUCGGCUUCAGCUUCACCAACGGCGGCCUGGCGGAGAACGAGACCAAAGUGGGCGAAGACAUGCAUUCCGCUCUCGUCCAGUUCUUCCAGCUCUUCCCCGAGCUGCAAAGCAAUCCGUUCUUCAUCAGCGGCGAGUCCUACGCGGGCAAGUACCUUCCAGCCAUCGCUUACACCAUUCUUCAGAAGAACCCCAGCGCCGAUCUGCCGCUGAAUCUUCAAGGCGUCCUGAUUGGCGACGGCUGGACGGACCCCAUUCACCAAAUGGAUUAUGGACCAUUCGUUUACAACACCGGAUUGGUCAGUGAGGACGUGAAGAAGGUGAUUGAUCGGCAUCGAGAUGCCGCUAUUGCCGCUAUUGAAGCAGAACAAUGGCUGGAAGCCGGGGACCACUCGGAUGACAUCUACGAUCUGAUCCUGGACAAUGCGGACGUGAACAUCUACAACUACAUCGAAGAGUACGACGAUCCAGACAAAUGGGCGGAGUUCCUGAGCAGGGACGAACUGCGGGAGGUGAUCCACGUGGGCGGCACCUUAUUCGGGGACAAAGGCGCUGGAUCCGCCUUGGAAAUUGAUGUCACGAAGAGCGUCGCCCCCUGGGUGGAAGAGCUGCUGGAACAUUACCCCAUCCUGAUCUACACGGGGCAGGUGGACAUCAUCUGCGGCUAUCCAAUGGUUCUGGACUAUGUGAAGACGCUGGAGUUUAGCGGUGCGGACGAAUACAAGGGAGACACCAGGCGUAUUUGGUAUGUGGACGACGAGCCCGCAGGAUACGUGCGAACUGGCGGAAACCUUGUGGAACUUCUGGUGCGUAACUCUGGACACAUGGUGCCAAGGGACCAGCCCAAGUGGGCCUACGAUAUGCUUUAUAGAUUCACCAGGAACCUGCCCUUUGCUUAAUGCCCACAGGGGUUGAAAUUGGCGAUUUGUGAUGUUAAUAAAUGGAAGACAGCAAAAAUAUAUGUGUAUAAGUUCC